GCCGUCCCCAGCUGAAGGAGUCAAGUCCAAUCCAUCCAAGAGACACAGGGACCGCUUGAAUGCGGAGCUGGACCGCUUGGCUAGCCUCCUGCCUUUCCCUCAAGAUGUUAUCGCCAAAUUGGAUAAGCUGUCUGUGCUUAGGCUCAGUGUCAGUUACCUGAGAGCCAAAAGUUUUUUUGAUGUUGCAUUAAAAUCUUCUAACUCUACAAGACCAGAAAGAAAUGGCAUUCAGGAAAACUGUAGAACAGCAAAGUGUGGAGAAGGGAUGCAGAUCCUGGAAGGAGAACUCCUACUGCAGGCAUUAAAUGGGUUUGUCUUAGUUGUUACAGCAGAUGCUCUGGUUUUUUACGUCUCUUCUACCAUCCAAGACUACUUGGGCUUCCAGCAAUCGGAUAUUAUACACCAGAGUGUAUUUGAAUUGAUUCACACAGAAGACAGACCUGAGUUUCAGCGACAGCUACACUGGGCAUUAAAUCCUACCCAGUCAGCAGAUUCUGGACCAAAUGUACAAGGAGAUAAUGGCUUUUCACAGCCAGCAACCUAUUAUAACCCAGACCAACUUCCUCCAGAGAAUUCUUCCUUUAUGGAAAGGAAUUUCAUCUGCAGGUUACGAUGCCUCCUGGAUAAUUCAUCUGGAUUCCUGGCUAUGAACUUUCAAGGACGGUUAAAGUUUCUCCAUGGACAAAACAAGAAAGGGAAGGAUGGUGCUACUUUGUCUCCUCAGCUUGCUCUGUUUGCAGUAGCUACUCCCCUUCAGCCACCAUCCAUCCUUGAGAUACGAACCAAAAACUUCAUCUUCAGAACUAAACACAAACUGGAUUUCACACCUACUGGCUGUGAUGCAAAAGGAAAGAUUGUCCUGGGAUACACUGAAGCAGAGCUGUGUAUGAGAGGAACAGGAUACCAGUUUAUUCAUGCAGCUGAUAUGCUUUAUUGUGCUGAAAAUCAUAUUCGAAUGAUGAAGACAGGUGAGAGUGGAAUGACUGUAUUUAGGCUUCUAACCAAAGAAAAUCGAUGGGCCUGGGUACAGGCAAAUGCUCGUCUUGUCUACAAAAAUGGAAGACCAGAUUACAUCAUUGCCACGCAAAGACCUCUUACAGAUGAAGAAGGGGCAGAACAUCUACGGAAGCGUAACAUGAAGUUGCCCUUCAUGUUUGCCACUGGUGAGGCUGUGUUAUAUGAGGUAUCUUUCCCUAUGUCAAGCCUUAUGGAUCCCUCUCAGACGAAGAGUAAAAGCACAGCGGGAAAAGGAGCCAAAGCAACGCUACACAAUGAUUCCGUUGAUCCAAACUCCCUCCUAGGUGUCAUGUUAAGGCAAGAUGAGUCUGUUUAUCUGUGCCCUCCAGCAGCACAUAAACUUUCCUUUGAGCGGAACUUCUUUGCAGACAGUAGGGAUGAACUGGGCGGUGUGGUUAGCAGUGGUUGGACAGAUAAUCUCCUACCUGCUGGAAGUCACAACAUUCUCAAACGGGAGCUGAUGGAGUGUUCCCAGGACAGUACUGUUGAACUUCCUGAAGACAGUGCAGCACUCUUUCAGGAUAACAAAACCAGUGAUUUGUACAGCAUCAUGAAAAAUCUGGGUAUUGACUUUGAAGAUCUAAAGUGUAUUCAGCAGGAUGAGGAGUUCUUUAAAACUGAAUUAUCUGAUGUGGAUGACAUUGGGGACAUCAACAUAACUGAUGAAAUCCUGACUUAUGUUCAGGAUUCCUUAAAUAAAUCUGACUUUUUAUAUUCAGAGUGUAACCAGCAGCAGCCAUUGGUCCAGAAUGAAGGCUGCUUGGUACAGCAAGACAUAGAUCCACAUCAACUUCAUCAGCAGCAGAAACAGCUCAUGGAGCAGCAGCAACAACGGCAACAGCAGCAGCAGCUCUGUCAAAAGAUGAAACAUAUGCAAGUCAAUGGGAUGUUCACAAAUUGGAGCUCUGGCAUCAGCAUGCCUCUUGGCUGCUCUCAGCAGCAGCAGCCCCAGCAAUACAUGUUCCCUAGCAUGCAUGCCACUACAUCUGAGUUCUCUUACAAAUCAGAAGUGAACACUUCUCCUUAUGAGUGUAGGCAAGACUUUAUUCCUUACAAGCAACCCACAGCAAUGGUGCCACAGCUUUCUAAUUUUGCUCAAAUGGAUUUCCCUGCAUCAGCUUUUGACAGAUCGACCUAUUCCGCUUCUUCCAACUUUGAGGAUUUUCUCAGUUGUUUGCAGCAAGUCCCUGAAAAUCUUGAGUGUGGGAUAAACUCUGAGUCAGUUAUGCUAACUCCUCAAACAUGCUAUGCAGGCGCUGUUUCUAUGUACCAGUGCACGCAGGAGGCACAGCCCAGCUGCGUGGAUCAAAUGCAAUAUGAUCCUAUGAUGACAAAUCAACAACAACAAACAUUGGUGAACAAGUUCCCAAACAGUUUCAAUGGAGGAAACGUAAAUGAAUCAUAUCCCUCUCAGUUAGAUGUGAUCAGUAAUGCACAGACUGCCACACAUCUUCAGCCUCAUCAUCAUCCGAAAGAACCCAGAUCCUUCUCAGAUUUGGCAUCUAGUGGAUUUAUGUGAUUCAGAUCUAGAGCUCCAUCUGUGAUUUUGUCUGGGCGUCAGGCUGCUCUGAGGAAAAGCUUGAUAAGUCUCUCUUUGAGCAUCAGACUUUAACAGCUAAAUUACAUUUGGAGAGUAUGAGGUUGGUUGCACUAUAUACUGGUGGAUAUGUAAUCUAAGACCUGGGUUUUUAGUGUGACAGGUGGAAUUAAACUUCUGACUAAAAGUAUGCAUGUGCUGUUUUCCAUCAGAUUGACUGUGUCAUUGCAGUAUGGAUUACAUAUGUACUACAGAGUAUGUCAUGCUAUACAACAUAAGAUAAGGCAAAUGGUUUUGUUGUUUAGAAAAUAAUUGGGCACUUUACAAAUAGCAUCGAUGGCACAAGGAAGAUGAUUUCACACGUGGAUUAUUUCCAAACUUUAUUUUUUAAAAUCUAUUAAAAAGCUCUAAAUUCAUAAGAAUCAAAAGCACUUCAUUUUAAUGCAUACUAAGCUCUUUAAUCACUUAUUUUGUAUUUAAAUCCUUUUGUUUUAAGUCUCCAUUUCUAGCACUUUAAUAGAAGGCUUAAUACAAGGAUAUGAUAUGCAACUUCAGGUUUUCUAUGAAACAGACCCCUUGCAUUCCUCCUUUUCAUGUCAACCUUAAGUGCCUCACAAUUUAGCUACCUUGUUUCUGAUGGGAGCUUAUUUUAGCAAAACUCACUAUAAAUGUCAUCUGUAGUCUGUGAACUUUUAGCUAACAUCUACAGUGCUACUGGCUGUAUCUUUUUUCUUUCCCUCUAACGAUAAUUUGUUUAGAGAGUGACUUAACUCUUUAUCUGUGGAUUUGUUACACUAUUAUCAGGAGUUGUUGAUGUUCUGAAUUUAGUUCAGCUAAAGAGUUUGGGUUUAUUCUAUACUGCUUUUCUGCUUUCUUCAGGUAAUACAGGGUAUAUUAAAAAAGCAGAUUUUGCUGAGGGGGAGGAGCAGAUCCUCAGGAUUAGUUUUAGAUUAUUAAUGCUGAAAAACAUGUGCCUUAUCUUGUGUUAAAACGCUCAUAAUGUUCUUUAGAAAUAAUACAAGGCUGCUCUAUGCAAAUAUUUUCAUUAAAAUGGAUAUUGAAAAGGAUUACAUUUUCAAUGUUACUAGUGGGGAAAGAGUCAGUUUUGGUUUAAACUUUAUCUCUGGCAAAUUGCACUGCAGGAGGUUAUUCUUUUUUGUGUAUGUUGAUCCAUUGGAAAAACUUUGUCCAAAAUAUGAAACUGGGGAAAGAAAAGUCAUUAGAGAAAUUCUCCUUCUAAUAUGUUUUAUUUUCAGGAAAGAAAAAACCUAAACACAUUCACUAAACAUUCUGAGGUUUUGGCUUGCUUUUAUCUGAGAGGAUUGUUAAAUUGCUGACACCAAUGUUUGGUGCAAAAUAAUAAUCUUCAUGAAAAAUACAGAAGUGUGUAUAUGUUCAAAAUAUUUCAUACUCUUGUGUGUUGUAUAGUUCAUAUAUAAUAAAAUGUCUUUGUAAAAUAUUUUAAACAGUUAAUUUUAAAGUGUUACAUCACCAUAUGUUAAGAACAAUUGUAUUACAUUUGUUAUAUGUAAUAUAAAAUGGCAAUUUAGCCAGUUUGUUUUAAACAGGCAAAAGUAAGUUGACUCUCUCCAGACAGUUGUUAAUAUUGUUUAAUAAAGGACAAUCACAUAAAACUGGAAUUCUUUCAUAGCUGAAACAUGCUCCUUUGAAGAAGAGCAUAUUUUCUUCCAUUCUGUGUGAUAUGAUAUGCUAGGCCAAACUUCUAACUCAGUUACAAAUGUUCAGAUUAAUAACUUCAGCAGUUCUUUUAAGUAAAAUUACCAUAUAUGAAAGGGACAUUAAGGAAGCAAUUACUAUUCAGGAAAAGCCCGUAAAGACAUUGUGGGUUGUAUUAUGAGGUUGCUUUUUUCUUUUAAAGUUUCAGAAUUUGUUUUCAGCACAAAUUACAUCAGUAACAGAUUUACUUAGUAUCAUUUGAAUUAAUUUUUGAUUCUGUAAUUUUUUUUAAUUCAAGGUCUUGUUUUAAGCCAAUAUCUGAAACGUCUUCCAUAUCUAGCUAGUGUAUCAUGUUGGCAUUUGAACUUGAAAAUUAGAAUAAUGCUGUAAAACUGGAAGGUUCAAAGGGAUAAUGUAUGUUUUCCAUCUUACAAAACCAGUGUAUAUCCUGUUUAUGAAUUUAGUUAAACCAAAUACAUGUUGUCCUAUCACUAAGUGCCAAGGAUGCAGUACUAAAACUGUGCUGCUCUACUUAAUGUGAACAAAUUAGUUGUUUAUAUGCAUAUCAGCGUAUUUUGUGCAUUAUCUUAAGCGUAAAACGUUGACUGUAUUAGUGCACUCUUGAUCUGCACCAAACUGUACCUACAGUGCACAGGUGUUUCUGAAUUGGAUCUCUAUUAGCCCUUCAGGUCUGUUAUAAGUAAGAUUAUAACCCAGUGUUAGUCAGUAUUACUGUCCAUUUUUGUACAAGUUUUCUUACCUUGUUUUUCUUUCCAGUUCUUGUCUCUCCUUUGCUAUGCCUGCACAUACCAUGCAAUACACCUCUUGCAUUAACGUAUGGUUCUGUAGCGCUCUUGCUCAUCUCCACUGAAGUUUGUAAGACAUAAUACAUGGUAAUAAAAUAAUCACUUGAAUGUAGCUGAAAUGUAUGUUCUUUUACUGCAAAAAUGUUUGAUUUCAGCAGUAUACAACAAAAGUACAUUAUCAUACUGUUACUACUAUCUUUUGAGAGCUUGUCAUCUAAUAGUUUACAAAACUUGUUAUUUACGUCACUGUGGACUUUGCACUUCUCUGAAUAUUAGAUGCAAAUACAAUGUAUAUAAUUUAGAGUGGUGAACAAAUGUGUAUUUGUCCAUGGAAUUAGUAUUUUAUACUUGCAUGAAAAUGAGUUUAUAAAUAAAGUUUGUAAAUA